CUCGGAUGCUUCUCCAGUCCCGCGCCGCAGUCAAGCGGUCUAGGGGAACCCCAGCACUAAGUACUCACUCCCUCUCCCAAUUCCCCUCCCAUCUCAGCCCAACCCUGGACACGGCGGGACCCGCCGGCCCCGCCCCAAGGACAACCCCGGGUACGGACUCUGGGGUCCCACCGCCUAGCGCCUCCCUCCGGCAGCCCAGAGGCCCCGACCGAGUCAGCACCGCCCCUCCCAGCCGCGGCGGGCCGGGAAUGGCCGAGGGGCGCUCCCCGGCUGGCAGCCCGCUAAGGGGAGGGAGGGGGGAGGGGAGGGAGGGGGCGUGGCUGGGGGGCGGGCCUGGGCUCGGGGAGUGAAAGCGAAAGCCCAGGCGGCAAGCUGGGAGAGCGAAGAUCCAGUCACUGGGGCAGCAUGGCCAAGCCUUGUGGGGUGCGCCUGAGCGGGGAAGCCCGAAAACAGGUGGCUGUCUUCAGGCAAAAUCUUUUCAGUGAGGAGGACUCCUUCAAUGUGGCUGACUUGACUUCUCUCAGGGCUCCCCUGGACAUCCCCAUCCCAGAUCCCCCACCCAAGGAUGAUGAGAUGGAAACAGACAAGCAGGAAAAGAAAGAAGUCCCUAAGUGUGGCUUUCUUCCUGGGAAUGAGAAGGUCUUGGCCCUGCUUGCCCUGAUUAAGCCAGAAGUCUGGACUCUCAAAGAAAAAUGCAUUUUGGUGAUCGCGUGGAUCCAGCAUCUAAUCCCCAAGAUUGAGGAUGGAAAUGAUUUUGGGGUGGCAAUCCAGGAGAAGGUGCUGGAGCGGGUGAAUGCAGUCAAGACCAAAGUAGAAGCUUUCCAGACAACCAUUUCCAAGUACUUCUCAGAACGUGGGGAUGCUGUGGCCAAGGCCUCCAAGGAGACCUAUGUAAUGGACUACCGGGCCCUGGUGCAUGAGCGAGAUGAAGCCGCCUAUGGGGAGCUCAGGGCCAUGGUGCUGGACCUGAGGGCCUUCUAUGCUGAGCUUUAUCAUAUUAUCAGCAGCAACCUGGAGAAAAUUGUCAACCCAAAGGGUGAAGAGAAACCAUCUAUGUACUGAAUCCAGGGCUAGAAGGGGAAUAAAUGACCUAUAUACAGUG